UCGAAUGCCGAUAACCGAUAGUCCGGUAAAUGGCUUUCGUGUUGCUGGGCCGCAUUUUUUAAUCUUUUUUAGCUAAUAAAAUAGACAACAAAUAACAGCCAAUUGCCAUGGAAGAUGUGCAAAAGCACAGCGUGCACACGCUGAUAUUCCGUUCCCUGAAGCGCACCCACGACCUGUUCGUCUCUAACCAGGGCAAUCUGCCGGAGAUCGACGACCGACUGGAAAAGCUGCGACGCUCCAUCAAGGCCAAGGAUAGCUAUGGCCUGGUCCUGGACAAGGCGGUGAAGAUCGGCGAGGCCAGAAGGGGAUCAGGAGCCCAGAUGCCGGGCGACAAGCCACUGGCCAUCACAGACGGCACUACGGAUUCCAGUGCCAGUGGUGCAGGAAGCCUGGUCAAAUACAAUCCCGGAGGAGGCAGGAUAAUGGAGAAGACAGCGCCCCUCGUCACCGGCAGUCACACAUCCUUGGUGCGCGCCUCCCUGCCCAACAGCGCUGGGGAAAAGGGCGCCGGCGCCAAUGGCACCACCAGCAACCUGCAACUGAUACCCAAGAAGGCGCCCACCAUUCCCAAGCCCAAGUGGCACGCCCCCUGGAAGCUGUCGCGGGUCAUCUCCGGCCACUUGGGCUGGGUGCGCUGCAUCGCCGUGGAGCCGGGCAACGAGUGGUUCGCCACCGGCGCCGGAGACCGGGUGAUCAAGAUCUGGGACCUGGCCAGUGGCAAACUGAAGCUAUCGCUCACCGGCCAUGUGAGCACGGUGCGCGGAGUGGCCGUCAGCUCGAAGCAUCCGUAUCUGUUUAGCUGCGGCGAGGAUCGGCAGGUCAAGUGCUGGGAUCUGGAGUACAACAAGGUCAUAAGGCACUAUCACGGACACUUGUCCGCCGUCUACUCCCUGGCCCUCCAUCCCACCAUCGAUGUGCUGGCCACCUCGGGCCGGGACUCGACUGCCCGCAUCUGGGACAUGAGGACCAAGGCGAAUGUGCACACGCUGACGGGACACACGAACACGGUGGCCAGUGUGGUGGCCCAGGCCACUAAUCCGCAGAUCAUCACCGGCUCCCACGACUCCACGGUGCGGCUGUGGGAUCUGGCCGCCGGCAAGAGCGUCUGCACGCUGACCAACCACAAGAAGUCCGUGCGCAGCAUUGUCCUGCAUCCGUCGCUGUAUAUGUUCGCCUCCGCCUCGCCGGACAACAUCAAGCAGUGGCGCUGUCCGGAGGGCAACUUUGUGCAGAACAUCUCCGGCCACACGGCCAUCGUCAACUGCAUGGCGGCCAACAACGAUGGCGUGCUCGUCUCCGGCGGCGACAACGGCACCAUGUUCUUCUGGGACUGGCGCACCGGCUACAAUUUCCAGCGCUUUCAGGCACCCGUCCAGCCGGGCUCCAUGGACAGCGAGGCGGGCAUCUUCGCCAUGUGCUUCGACCAGUCGGGCACCAGGCUAAUCACCGCCGAGGCGGACAAGACCAUCAAGGUGUACAAGGAGGACGACGAGGCCAGUGAGGAGUCGCACCCGGUCAACUGGCGGCCCGAGCUGCUCAAGCGGCGCAAAUUCUAGAGAGUCCUAGUUUUUAAGCUCUACCCUAGACUACGUUUUUGCAAACGAUUUGAUUAAACACUACGAUUAAUGACGCUCAUUUCACUUUAUUAAUGCAGACGGAUACAUUUAUGUAGAUCAUCAUAUAGGCCAACUUUUUAACAGAAGGCUACAACUUUGUAUAUUAGCUUAAAAUAUAUAGCACUAAUUCUCAGGUUCUAAAUCCGUUUCAAAAGAUCCGAUUUCAAAUAAAGAAACAUUUUAUAGAUUUGCGAAA